UAGUAUCCCCUUUUGGCAGCUCACUUUUCUUGACUAUAAGUCUAACACUUAUCAGCCUCAAAAUUUUCUUCUUGUUGACCAGUCUUUUUGGUCACUUAAAUAUCAAUAUCACAGUCUUCUUCUUCUUCUUUAAACACAAUACAGAGAAAAAGCAAUGACUACAAAGUCAUUAACUACUUUUACAAUCUUGCCCGAGGGCUGCAUAUCAGAGAUCAUAUCGCUCACAAUUCCGGCGGACGCUGCAAGAUCAUCGGCUAUCUCAAGAGGAUUCAAAUCUGCAGCAGAGUCUGAUGUCGUUUGGGAUAAAUUUCUGCCGUCCGAUCAUCUAGAUAUAGUUUCAAGAUCAGUUUCUGUUGUUGUUUGUGAUAGCGAAAAAGACCUUUACUUUAGACUCUCUCAUUCUCCUAUCCUUCUUCAUGAGGGCAGACUGCAGAGUUUUUGGCUUGAGAAAACAAGUGGGAAGAAAUUUUAUCUACUAUCUGCAAGGCGACUGGUAAUUUCUUUUUCAGACAUACAAUUAUUCUGGGACCAUCUGACACCGAUUCAAGAUUCCCAGAAGUAGCAUUCCUCAACACUGUUGAUUUACUAGAUAUCCGAGGUAAGAUUGGAACUCGAGCGUUAUCUCUGGGAACAAAAUAUGCAGCUUACCUAGUGUUCAAAAUAUCAGAGAGGUACCAUGGCCUUGAAUCAACAAAUGCAAUGGUUAGAUUUGUUAAUAAAGAGAGCGAAGACGAGGCUGAAAAAAGAGCUAUGACUGUUAUUCUUGCAGCAAGAGCGCCGAGGCAUUUUAAAAGGAAAAUUACCAGAAAAACGAACAGAUGGAUGGUUAGAGGUAGAAAUUGGAAAUUUUUACAAUGGUGAAGGAGAUGAUAAUGGUGAUGUAGAAGCAAGGUUGUUGGAUUCUAGGCCUUUUCAUGCUAAGUGUGGUCUAAUCAUCGUAGGCCUUGAGUUUCGUCCAAUAUGAUCAGCAUUAGAAUGACAGAUUCAGAAUUUGAAAUUUAUGAGCCUCAAGUUAACACUAUAAUAAUACAUGAGUUCACAUGCAACUAGUUAGUGGAUUAUAUAUAUACUAGUUUUUAUGUUCGUG